AUGCAGUUAUCUGUAUUUUCAAUAUGCAUAGCAGUCCUGCUUUCACUGGUCACGAUAAAGGUCAGUUGCAGAGCACCAGAGGAGAAAAAAAAACUAAAAAUGCUUCCACAUCUCUGCGGAGUUGAGUUUCGUAAAGCCUGGGAGAUCUGCUGUGAUCAUGGAUGUAGACAUAAUGCGUACAAGAGAGUGCUUGGUGAGAAGUUAUAAUUUCUUGUCUAGAAAUAAUAGUAGAUCUAACAAGCAAAGACGAGUACCGAUGUUAGCAUGGACAGGGCUACAACUAGGCGUGUACUUAAAUGCCGUUGGUCUGAAAAAAUGAAGACUGAAAAUAUAUCAUCGCCACCUUAACAUAGGGAAAAUGGGUGCGGUUUAAAUGCUCUACUUUAUUCCAAUGGGCAAGCCAACUUCAAUACUUUCAGGACUAGUCGCCACUCUGUUAUUGUUUAUUAGCCUUUCCAUUACCGUGGGGACGUUUCUGAGGGUGUUUCAAGCGUUGUCGGUCAAUUUCAUAUUACUUACAGCUCCAGUCAACAGGGUUAGUAGAAACAACAGAAUACGAUCCAACAAAAUGGUGGACAAGUAUAUUUAACAAACAAGAACAACGACCCUAGAACAAAGGAGUCUUGGUAAAGACAGAAUCCGCUUGUCUAGGUGGGUGCGGCUAACUAGUCGAUAUAAUAAGUAAACGCAACAAAUAAUGCCAGAUGGUGCAGGGUCAUACUUUGAUUUUGCAUAAAACAUCCUCUGUUUUUGACUUUCAGGGGUCGCCAUUUCUGCAGAGAAGGCUAGCGAUUUUCUUGAGCGUUCCUGGAAAAGCAGACACUCCAUCACUCGAAGAACAGCUGAUAUCAAUGCGGUAGAAGAAUGUUGUAAAGAAGGGUGCUUGCUGGAAGAAGUGUCUGAAUAUCCUUGUGAUUUGUAA